GAACAACCAAUAAGGUUGAGUAUUUUAAAACAAGCGCGUAAUAUUUAGGGAUUUUAUGAAUUUCUGUUUUUUGACAUAAAAAUGACAUUUACGUUUGCGCAAAAAGUGCCAAACUUUUGUUGUUGUGUGUUGUCGCGUGUUAUCUAGUCUGUCGGUGAGUGAAUUCGUGCUGUUGGAAGCCAAUUAAAAGAUAAGUAUCUUUUCACUCGGUGAAACUUCGUCUUUUUGAGGAAUCGUCCUUUCGGCUGGAGUGACGGAUUUUUGAUUUCUGCUACUCAAGUAAACUUUUGUCAUGGCUGGUUAUCGAAAAUAUUUCUGCAAGUACCCUGGCUGCACCAGUGAAUACGUGCCGAACCCCSUUGAAGGACAUGCCAACAAGCACUUCUUCACGUUCCCUAAAAACCCAAAGCUUCACGAAUUGUGGAGGAAUGCCUGCAAAAUUGAAGGCCGCGAUUUUGUGAAUGAGAGGAAGGAUAGAUUAAAUCCAAAUGUAAUUCCCAAGCCCUGUGUUUUGGCUUCACAAGAGAAGUUUGUUGACAUUUCACAAACAAAUCUUUCUGUGGCAGAUGAUAGUUUUGUGGAAAAUUCAAUAAAUCAUUCGUCUUGUACUUGCAAUUUGCCUUCAACAUCCAAUGCAAUAUGUUUUGCUCAUCCACUUCCUCUUUUUGCAAACAAUGAAAUAAUAAGCAACGAGAAUGUUCAACAAGACCAUAAUUAUUGUCAGGGUACUAAUGCAAUCACUGGGAGGUGCAAAAAGUUUGCUUUCUUGAAUGAAGGUGACAAGAAUGGCAUUUUAAACAAAAUGAGACUUUCAAGGGCAGAUUUGGCAUGUUUUGCCUGUCUGGAGCAGAAAACAUGCCAACACUGACUGAUUUUAUAGAUAAUAAUACGUUAAUAAUAAUUUAAUUUUCAGAGAAAUUUGAUUUGUUGUAUUGUUUUGUUAUUGAUAGUUUACAAUAAAAAAGUUUAACAAAAAA